GAAAGUUUCCUUUCCCUCACUUGUUUCUUUUUUCUGAUUAAGCGGCUGUACUUCGACCACAAGGGCUUAUAAAACUCUCAGCGGCAGAAUCUCCUCACACAGAUAGUAGAAGAUAAACAUAAAACAGGGUUGACAGAGGAUGUCCAGAGCUGACUGGGGUUUUCUGGAGCACCUGCUAGAGGAAGGUCAGGAGUACUCGACUGGCGUGGGGCGCGUGUGGCUAACCGUGCUCUUCCUCUUCCGCAUGCUUGUGCUUGGCACGGCGGUCGAAUCUGCAUGGGACGACGAACAGUCUGACUUUGUCUGCAACACCAAACAGCCUGGCUGUGAGUCGGUCUGCUAUGACAAGGCCUUUCCCAUCUCCCACUUCCGUUUCUUCGUUCUGCAAGUCAUCUUCGUCUCAACCCCGACCAUUUUCUACUUUGGCUAUGUGGCCCUGAGGGCUAGAAAUGAACAGAGUCAAGAAGAGAAGCCGGAGGAGGAGGGCAGAAGACAGAGACAUAGAAAAACCAACGAGUGUAAGUUGGAGGUAAUAAAGGAGGAAGACGAAGAGAGCGUGGAAAAGGAAACUGUGAAGAACCACAAAGCUCCAGUAGCUCCAAAGCUCAAAGGGAAACUGCUGUGUGCCUAUGCGACUAGCAUUGUGCUAAAAGUUCUCAUUGAGAUUGGCUUCAUUGUGGGUCUAUGGAUUCUUUAUGGGUUUGUGAUAGAGGCCAAGUAUGAGUGCGAGAGGUUUCCCUGUCCUCACACGGUGGACUGUUUUGUCUCACGGCCCACAGAGAAAACGAUCUUCACCAUAUACACGCAGGUCAUUGCCGCAGUGUCUGUUCUUCUCAACAUUGUGGAGCUUUUCCAUCUGCUUCAGCUAGCGGUAACACAACGACUACAGAAGAGAUAUCAAGCCGAGGACGAUAUUAAUAAACUUAUUAGGGCGACGACUUCUAGAACAGGACCAGCUAAAGCUCCAUCAUUUGAGGAAAGAAACCAUCUCUUUCUUCCUGUAGUGCAUGAUGGCUACCCUGCAUCAGGGUUGGACUGGGAUAAAACAGAACCUCCUUUAGCAGAAGACGUGCUCCCUAGUUAUUCAAAGUGCAUGAGCAAUGUGAAACCUGCUUUAAACAAAAACAAUCUUCAUAAAAAACACCGCAAGACUGAGGACAAACCGAGACACUAUGUAUGAGGGGCACAGGACUAAAUGACUGUUAGUGGUUUACUGUACAUUCAAGGGCCAUUUCCUUUGUUUAGAUAGGCAGGGAAAUGGGCUGUGCCUUGGGAUGAACUGUCUUUUGUGAUCUGUGGCCAGAUACGGGUGCCUCUCACGUAGUGAUUAGUUUUGAGAGGCUCAAGGUCAGAAAAUACUCAAACCACUGAGCCGAAGAGAAUCAAGCACAAUGUCUAAAAAUGCCAAAGCGAAGGGUGGGUUUAAGUCUAGUGCUGAACUAAAUGUGACCCUGGGCCACAAAAACAUAAGGGUCAGUUUUUUUUAAAUAAAUAAGCUUUCCAUUGAUGUAUGGUUUGUUAGGAUAUGACAGUAUUUGGUCGAGAUACAACUGUUUGAAAAUCUGGAAUCAGAGAGUGCGAAACAAUCAAAAUAUUGAGAAAAUCGCCUUUAAAGUUGUCCAAAGUUCUUAGCAAUGCAUAUUACUAAUCAAAAAUUACGUUUUGAUAUUUACGGUAGAAAAUUUACAAAAUAUCUUCAUUGAACAUGAUCUUUACUUAAUAUCUUAAUGAUUUUUGGCAUAAAUCGAUUAUUUUGACCCAUGCAAUAUAUUGUUGGCUAUUGCUACAAAAAACUACUUUUGUAGUCUGCUUAAGACUUGCUACUUAAGACUGGUUUUGUGGUCCAGGGUCACAAAUUAUUGAUAUGGUACAGAUGAGGUAGUUCAUAAUGUCCAGUAUUUGAGACCAAAAUUAAAGUCAAACUAUACCGACCAAAUGUACAUGCAAUAUUUAAAAUGUAUUUAUGAAUUAUUUUUAUAUUUCAAUUAAUAUUUAUUUUCAUUAAAAGAUUUCUGGGUUUUUUUUUUCAUCCAUU